UAUUCUCCGGUGCAGGCGGGCGCCGAUUGGCUGGUGUAGGUGCCUGUCACGUGCCAGACCUCGCCCACCGUGUCCCCUCAGGGCUGUGAGGGGGUUCUGGGUCUCGUCUGUCCCUGCUGGGCUCCGGCUGCCGCCGGUCCCCGGGCCCCGCUCCACAGCUGCCCCCCGGCUCCCCAGUGCCGGCGGUGGAAGCCCCCCUGGGACCAGCGUUAUUGCAGCCCAACGUGGGCCCUGAGGGCCCCAGCCUCUGAGAGCUGCCUGUCCCCCAUGUCACGGAAGGAGGGUGAGGGCCCUGAGCCAGAGCCGGAGGCAGGUGACAGCCUGUUCUUUGCUGGCUUGGGCAGGGAUGAGCGCCCCAGCGAGGACCCUGACAGAUGUGAGGGUGCUGUGUUUUGGCCGAGGACGGAGGCGCAGCCCAUGGCUACCCAGCCCGGCACAGAAGCAGCACUGGAUGGCCAGGCCUCCCGGUACUUCACAUCGCUGGAUGCCAGCAUUGGGGGCCUGCAGCAGCGUGCACAGCAGCUGAUCGACAAGGUGAACGACAGCCGCAAAGAGGACCACACCAUGAUGAGCAGCUUCAGGGAGAGCCUGCUGCUGAAGGUCUCUGGCCUGGCGGAGCAGCUGGAGGAGCAGCUCUUCCACCUCUACGGCCUCCACAACGAGCUGAUCCAGGAGCGGCUGCAGGAGCUGGAGGAGGUGAUGGAGCGGGUAGGGCAGGCUGAGACGGAGCUCCGGCAGGUCUGCCGCACCGUGGAGGCUGCCUACCGUGACCUCUGUCUGCAGCCCGAGACGUGAGCAGGACCCCAAAGCUGCAAGGGCCUCCCCCAAAUCCGCAGGACACCCCUGCAGAAGCCCACCUGCCUCGCAAGUGUGUGUGUUGCUGCUGCACCAAGGCAGCUGCGAGCAGCAAAAGGGGAUUUUGGCCCAAAAGGGCUUUUCCAUUGGUGUUAAGUGUUCAGGUUUGACAUGAAUAAAAAGGAAAAAAACCCAAAGGCCAAA